CACGCGUGACUUGUUCGAGUCUUCACAAACAGAAGGUCCCAAGCAGUGCCUCAAUGUCUCGCACCUUUAUCCUUUUUCAACAACGCUAACACCAUGGACAGCGGUCAUGACAUUUCGACCCGUAAGCACCUAUCGCGUAGCGAAUGGUGAGCCUGUGCUUGUGCUUGUUCGUACAAGCUUACGCCCAGCAGUAAUAAGGCCCCCUCUCAUCUCAUCCCAUCCCAUCUACAACCCCAUAUACCUGUCUGCGCAUCUCACGCAUCAUGAUGGAAGCACGCCUCGCUCUCAAAAUCACUCAAAGCUCACAUUCUACAACAACAACCGUUCAAUCAAAUCAAACCACUACUUCUUUCUUCCAUUUAUUCCGUAUACCCUAAGCCUUUCCUCCUCAAGCAACCACCACCAUCUUCUCAAAUCCAACAUAAAAAACAACUUGAAAAAACAUUGUAAAAAGGGCCGAGAACAAGAAGAGUUGGAAAUGCUCGAGUCCACAACCAUCUACAUCGUACUUUUCUUCAUCGUAAGCUCAGUUUUGGGACACCAGCUGCUCCGCAGAGUCAUUCGCACGCCUGCGCAAUACGAACGACUAGACUGACAGCCUAUUCGAUUCGUCGAAGCGGAUACAGAUGCGCAUGUACGGUGAAUAAUUGCAUCAACUUAGGGGGUUAUAAUGGAUUUGCUUGGUGGGGAAUGAAUAUCUGUGCGGUGGAGUGCGCCGAGGGAUGAAUGGACUGAUAGGAAGGGAAACGAAGAAAGGGGUCACAGGAUAUACGGGUAGUAGUGGCGAUGUUCGC